AUGCGACCCUCCGCGAUCCUCCGAACGACAUUACCCGGCGGCCUCCGCCUCCCCUGCUCCUUCUACCGCGGCGGCACAUCCAAAGGACUUCUAUGGUCCACCUCCACCCUCGCUUCGUUCAACCAUGCCACGCGGGACCGCAUCAUCUGUCGUGGCAUGGGCUCACCCGACCCUGACAAACGGCAAAUCGACGGUCUCGGAGGAGGCAUCAGCUCUCUAUCCAAAACAGCCAUUGUCGGCCCUCCAGACGCCCAACUCGCUGCUCGACUGCGCGACGCCAAGAUCGGUUUUGCAGACGGCGUAGAUUUCGCCGACGACGAAGCGUUGGCAGCGGACAAGGAGAAGGGAUGGGAUCUGGUCUAUCGCUUCGGCCAGGUGCCUGUGGAGAAGGGAACCGAGAUUGACUGGACGAGUACGUGUGGCAACCUCGUUUCUGCCGUAGCGCUGUUUGGGCUGCACCAGCCGCAUGUGAGGCAGGAGAGGAUAGCGGAUGUUUUCGAGCAGGCUAAAGGGCGACCAGCACACGUUGGGGACAGCUUUGCCUUCCCAGCGCGACUGCUCGUGACAUGCUCGGGUCAGAUCGUGAGGGCUAACGUGCCCGUCACUCUCCACGAAAUGGGGUGGUAUCCGGACCUCGAAGGCGAUGUGUCAAUCUCAGGUGUGCCGGGCACAGCACCUGGAAUCCUCAUCGAGACGCCCCUCGACACUUCUUCCCUUCUUCCGACGGGCAACCAGCUCGACACCGUCUCCGUCAACAACACCCCCUACCCGGUCACGAUCAUCAACGCUGGUCUCCCAACGAUCUUUAUCUCCUCUUCCUCCCUCUCCGCCGUCCUAGAUCCGUCGCAGCUUGCAUCACUCUCACCAUCCGACCUCGAUGCAGACAUCCCACUCAUGACGCUGCUCGAUCAACUUCGUACCGCGUCUGCAGCGCUGACGCCGUUUCUCCAGAAAACGCUCAGUCCGUCAGCGCCCAAGAUCUGCAUUGUCCACCCGACGCCCGUUUCGGGCUACACGACCACGGGCGGAUCUAGCGUUUCAGCGCAAGAGAUGGAUGUGUUAAUACGCGCGGUGAGCGUGGGCAACCUGCAUCGGACGGUUCCCGCCACGUGUCUGUCCGCGCUCGCUGCCGGUCGGGCAUUCCCACAAUCGACCAUCGAACAGACCGUCCAGGCUGGAAACCGCGCGAAAGGUGAGCAAGACGGCAUCGUGUCCAUCCGCGUAGGUCAACCAGCCGGUGUCUCGGAAGCAAGCGUCAAAGUCCGCCCCGCCACCCAGACCGAGCUGUCUCAAGGAUUCAUAAGCAUCCCCGAAUCAAUCGUCUACUUUCGCACUGCCCGACGCAUCAUUGAGGGCUUUGUCGAUGUUCCACACUCUCUCCUCUAG